AAAAAGUUGAAAUCAAACCUUCUCUCUCUCUAAAAUCUUCUUCCGUUAUAUUCUGAAGGAUUAUUUAACUGUUUCUUCUUCUUCUUUCUUUAUAUAUGUAUAUAUAUUCUCUCUUUGAUUUUCCAUUCUCAAAUUCACAAUUUUUUUAAAAAAUUUAAUCUCUCUUUUUCGUAAUAACUUCGAGAGAGAUACAGAGAGGGAAGGAAUCGGUUUUGUAACGAUGCAAUCAGGUUUCACCGGCGGUGGAGCUCCGGAUUUCUAUACCGCCGGCAGAUCCAUGUCUUCCAACCCUUCUCAGCCAAAUGCUUACAGAUCCCAGCUUUCCGGCGGUAAUUUCAUAGAUCCCGCCGCUGCUCAGAUCACUCGCCAAAUCCCUUCUUCUCUCCUCGGAAAACGGAAUCUCGCCGAUCUUCACUCUCACAAUCAACAUAAUCAUCACAAUCUUCCUCUCAACAACCUCUUCCUCCGGUCUGUCAAGCCCAGAGCCUUCACUCAACCCAUUUCUCCGCUUUCCAAUUUGGAUUUCUACUCUACUAUGUCUUUGCCGUCCCCCGAUGUUCAGUCCCACCGCCUCUAUGGCACGAGUUCCGGCGCGCUUCUUCAGCAGCUUCGUCAACAGCCCAACGCUGGGAUUCCGGUCAGGGAUUUGCAGACUUUGGACUCGGAGAAGAAGAAGAUGAUGAACCACCGACUUCAGGAGUUGGAGAAAGAGCUUCUUGAAGAUGACGAUGGAAGUGACGCUGUUUCUGUGAUUACGAGCUCGAAUAGCGCAUGGUGUGAGACGAUUUAUGAUCUGAUCAGUCCGAAUCCGAGUCCAACGGCGCAGAAUCCGAGUCCGACUUCCUCUGCUUCAUCUUCCUGUUCUUCGUCUACAUCCUCCUCUGUUGCGUCUCCGGCUUCCGAUUCUUGGAAACAGUCUGUAAUCGAUGCUGCCGCUGCGAUUUCCGAGGGGAAAUUAGAGGGCGUUAAUGAGAUUCUUGCGCCGGUAGUUAAGAUUUCGAAUGCCAGAGGUAAUUCUGUACAGAGAUUGGCAGAGUAUAUGGUUUUGGCUCUCAAAUCACGGGUGAAUCCGGCGGAAUUUCCGCCGCCGGUGAUGGAGAUUUUCGGCGACGAGCACUCAGCAGCGACUCAGUUGCUGUAUGAUGUUUCUCCUUGCUUCAAGCUCGCUUUCAUGGCGGCGAAUCUCGCGAUUCUUGAGGCGAUUGGGGAAGAGGAUCGGAAAUUGCACGUUGUGGAUUUCGAUAUCGGAAAGGGUGGUCAGUACAUGAACCUAAUCCAUCUUCUCUCCGGCCGCCAGAAAGGGAAGGUCGCCGUGAAGCUGACGGCGGUUGUAGCAGAAACCGGCAGCGACGAGAUGUUGAAACUAGUCGGCGAGUCGCUGAGUCAGCUCGCGAACGAACUCGGCGUUGGGUUCAAUUUUAACAUCGUGAGACACAAACUUGCUGAGUUGACACGCGACUCACUCGGCUGCGAGCCAGACGAAUCACUGGCAGUGAAUUUCGCAUUCAAGUUAUAUCGGAUGCCGGACGAGAGCGUGUCGACGGAGAAUCCCCGCGACGAGCUCCUCCGCCGCGUCAAGUCGUUGGCACCCGCGGUCGUGACAGUAAUGGAGCAAGAAUUGAACAUGAACACCGCCCCGUUUGCAGCACGGGUGACCGAGUCAUGCGUAUACUACAGUUCGCUCUUCGACGCCAUCGACUCAACCGUGCAACGAGACCACCCGGACCGUGUCAAGGUCGAGGAGGGACUUGGCCGCAAGCUAGCCAAUUCCCUAGCUUGCGAGGGGAGAGACCGAGUCGAAAGAUGCGAGGUUUCAGGCAAGUGGCGAGCUAGAAUGGGAAUGGCUGGGUUCGAGGCGAGGCCGAUGAGUCAAACGGUAGCCGAGUCAAUGAAAACUCGGCUGAGUUCAGGGUACCGAGUCAACCCAGGGUUCACCGUGAAAGAAGAAAACGGAGGAAUUUGCUUCGGUUGGAUGGGGCGGACUCUUACCGUCACAACGGCGUGGCGUUAGUUAAUAACUUCACUCAUUGUUAUUGCUAUGUUUUUUUCUCCCCUUUUUUAAUUUUAAUAUUACCUAAUUUUCUAAAGUAUUAAUAUCAAUAUUAAUAUUAACAUUUUCCCGAGAAAAUGGAAAGGAAAAUGCUACCGAGAGAGGGGGGUUGUUUGGAUUCCGAGAAAAUUCUUGUAAUGUAAAAUUUAAAAAAAAAAAAAAAAAAUUGAUAAAUAUUUUUCCUAAUUUUGGGGUGUGUGAAAGCGGAAGUUUGGUGAAGUGCCAACUUGUUGUAGUGUGGAUUCCCCUCUCAAAUUACCAAACUAUAUGGGCCCCACUUUUUAUUAUUUUUUUCUUUUUUUUUUCUAAUAUGAUAUAGAACGAAGAACGUGUCGGUUUCUGAUU